GCCGCCGCUCCGCUCCGCUCCGUCUCGCCCGGCGGACGAGCCCCGUCUCCCGCGGAUGGCGGCGGGAGCGGCGGGAGCGGCGGGCAGAGCCCCGCCGCCGUGAGGGUGAGGGGCCGCUUACCCCGGGCCGGAGGGCAGAGCGGCCGGCCGGACAGCAGCGAGCACGGGAGCGGGUCCCGGUCCCACACCGGCCAUGGAGGGGGCGAUGGGCAGGUCCGGGAGGAAGGACUUGAGCCUCCGGUAGCGCACGGUGGGACCCGCUUCCCUCCUGGGACCGCUUUUCUCAAUUUCCUUUAAGAAAAGAGAAGGGGGAAAAAACAUGACACGGAUUCUCCCGGUGAAGCAGAGGAAAAUGUACAUUCCAGCGACACAUUGGUAACUGAUCCUGCAAGGACACUGCCCUCCGCCCUCUUCCCUGCCUCUGCUAUGGACACUUCUGCUUUCAGCCUCCCCACACCGGUGGUGUCCGAGGAGGGGAAUGCCUCUGGCAGCUGGGCGGGCUUCACCACCCCUAACAGCUCCACCAUCGCCAGUCCUGGUGUGGUUUUCAGUGGUGUCCUCAUCCCCGUGGUCUACCUCAUUGUCUGUGUGGUGGGGCUGGUUGGGAAUUCUCUGGUCAUUUAUGUGGUCCUGCGGCACUCUGUGAGUGAGUCAGUGACCAAUGUCUAUAUCUUGAACCUGGCCCUAGCUGAUGAGCUCUUCAUGCUGGGCCUGCCCUUCCUGGCUGCCCAAAAUGCCCUGUCCUACUGGCCGUUUGGGUCUUUCAUGUGCCGCCUGGUGAUGGCUGUGGAUGCCAUCAACCAGUUCACCAGCAUCUUCUGCCUGACGGUGAUGAGUGUCGAUCGAUACCUGGCUGUGGUCCACCCAGGGAAGUCCUCCAAAUGGCGGACAGCACGGGUGGCCAAGGCUGUGAGUGCAACUGUGUGGGUGCUGUCUUCUGUAGUGGUGCUGCCUGUGGUCAUCUUCUCAGACGUUCCUUUAGGGAUGAACACUUGCCACAUCCAGUGGCCAGAGCCUGCUUCGGUGUGGAGAGCUGGCUUCAUUGUCUACACUGCCACCCUGGGCUUCUUUGGGCCACUGCUGGUGAUUUGUCUCUGCUAUCUUCUUAUCGUUGUGAAGGUUCGUUCCUCGGGCAGGCGGGUGAGGGCUCUGUCCUCCAAGCACAAGCUAUCAGAGCGCAGAGUGACCCGCAUGGUGGUGGCUGUUGUGGCUGUCUUCGUCCUUUGCUGGCUUCCCUUCUACGUCCUCAACAUAAUCAAUGUUGUCUGCCCACUGCCGGAGGAGCCAUCCCUCUUUGGUGUCUACUUCCUUGUCGUGGUGCUGCCGUAUGCCAACAGCUGUGCCAAUCCUAUCAUCUAUGGCUUCCUCUCCUACCGCUUCAAGCAGGGCUUCCGGAGGGCCAUCUUCCGGCCAUCCCGCCGAGUCCAGAGCCAGGAGGUGCCAGAGUGCCCCCCUGAGAAGACUGAUGAUGAAGGGGAAGAGGGUGAGAUCAGCAAGAUCACACAGAAUGGUAAUGACAAGCAGGAGCACCCUCUAAGCAGUGGGGAAGGAGAAAGCAACCAGCGAAAACCACUCCCCGAGGAGCCUGGGGGAAGCGAAAAGAGCAACAAGUUGCAUGUCAGUUAUUUAUGAUGAAAGGGAUGGUGCAGGGGAAAGAGACACUGGGACAUGGGAUCCCCUUCACCCUCUGUGCUCUUCCACCUCAAAGGCAAUGGAAGACAUUCAUACAGGGGAAUAUUAAAGUCCAAGACUCUGCUUAAAGAUGAAGAGGACUCCAUGAACUUCUGGAAAAAGCAAGGUGGUGUUCUUGGCUUUGGAAGAGACACCUGAGGUUUUUGUGGUACCAGGUAAAGGAAGGACUGCAUCCUGGGAGAGGGGAAGAAGUGAUGGGCACUGACAGUAUGGAGAAAGCAAGGUCAGCCCUAGAUUGCAUGAUUCAUCCUUAGAUGACCCAGUGGUGAAGAGCAUCAGCUGCCAUCUGACUGUGGCACCUCAAGGAAGUCCUCAAAUGGCAUACACAAUGAAUAGGCACCCAGUGCUUUGAUUAUUUUCCUUAUAAACAUGAGAAGCGGUUUACCCUGAAAGAAAAAUAGGAAAGAAGAAUGUGUGCAGCAGACAUACCAGCCAGUUGCAUGUAUGGCUGACCCCCCUUUAGCUCUCCAGUAAGUCACGGGGACAACAUUCCUACCCAUGCUGGCUGUGGCAGGAGACCACUCUGACUGCUCAAAGCUUCCUCUUUCUUUCCAGGGCUCUCAUGGACUCUGGGCAGGCUGAUGAGAUUUACCUGAGAGAGCAAAUGGAACAUUUCUUUCCUGCACCUCACAUUCUUCGGUGUUUUCCUGGUGCCUAUGCACCCUGGUGGAAGGUAUAACAAGAGUAAAAAAGAAGACGACAAGGCAUGGGUUGGAGGCAGGGCUUCCUACAAGCUGAAAUGCCCUUUCCCUUUUUCUUUCCCUAAGCCUUAUUGUAAAUAAACAGAAAGCCUUUGGACUUAAAAGGCCAACUGGGCAGAACUAUCUGUGUGUUUAGGGGAGUGGGGUGCUAUAGAUUUGGCUUUUGCUCUCCUAAGAAUACACAAUGUCUUUGAGAUGAGUUGAUCUCUGUAUGGAGUAGUGUUUGGCUAGUACAGGAGAUCAAGUCAUGUAUCCCUGCGUGGGGCAGGGAGCAGAUGGAGGUUGGGGGAUCUCCAAUGUGUGAGAGCUAUGGUUGCAGGAGCCUGGGCAAUACUACGAACUGAUUCAUCUUUGGGAAAUGGUAGAGUGGCUCAGGAUGGAUAAGAAAUGAUGUGUCUGCAUGUGAACAAAGGUGAUUGUAUGCAGAAGUUUGAUCACUGGACUGUAUGUGUAUGGAAAUGGCUGAAGAGGAUUGUAGAUCAAGGAGCCAGGGCUAGUGGAAGGUAUGAGUGGGUUGGGCACUGAUGCUAAUCUGUGUGUGGCUGUGGGGUGUGUACAAAUGUGUACAAAGCUACAAAAAGGGGUAUGCAUGUGUGUAAGUGUAUACAAACACUGAUGUGGAAUAGUGUGUAUGUCAUUGUGGGAUGUUUUAAGUGUAGAUAGAGGUGUGUAGGCAUGCAAGUACAUAUGGAAAUGUGUGCGCAUACGUAAAUGCUUGGGUAAGAGCGUGAGAGUAUGUGUGUUGCCGAGAGCACUGGAUGAGUGGUUGCUUCGGUGCAUCAGUUGUUGGAGGGAGGUUGUGGGUGAGCCUGGCUGAGCGUGCAGGCUAGAGGAGCAGUGAUGUACAAGGGUGGGUGGGAUGAAGGUCUCUCUCUCCACUUUGGCUUCAUUCCUGCGGGCUCUGCUAAAUGUCUGUCCCCACACCUUGAACUUCUCCAUGAGUGUUGUUGCUAAGCUACAGCCACCAAGAAGGCUCUCAUAACAGAAGAGCCCUUCAUUAUAUUUGGGCACUUUUCUCCACAAGUAAUUUGAGAAAUGGGAAGCAGGGACCCACCAGGAGGAGAAAUGCUUUCCUGAGGUCAGGAGAAGUUGGAGGAGGCAGUCAAUGGAGGGCCAGUGACAAGAGCUGGCUGAUGGAAAGAUGUCUCACAGAUCACUUGAGAGAAGUCACGAGAUGUGAAGGGAUGGCCUGGGGUCAGGUGUGCUGGGACAGAAGACAAAAGCCCUGGUCUGGGACGAAGAACAAGCUGCAGCAGCUGAGGAUUACGGGAACAGAACCACUUUAUGAGGAAGCAAGAGACAAGGUCACCCAAAGGUUAUGUGUGAAGUGGUGGCCUGGCAGACAUUAGGAGAGUUGCAGUGCAGAGCACCUGAGUUCGGGCAAGGACCAAAGGACCAUCACAGGGUGUAAGGUGAAGAGACAUGUUUUAGCCAAGCCAGAGAGCAGAGGAAGGGUGGAAAGAGACUGCAAACAUGAGCAAGCAAAAGACAUUGAGCUGUGCUCUCAGCCACUGAUACAGCCAUCACCUCCCUGACAGAGAAAGAUUGCCCCUAUGAGUCCUCCAUCCUCUUGUUUCCUCUUCAAGCCUGGGGUGCGGAUGCCAAGCUGUCCAUGUCUGUAGGCGCAGCCUCGGGACCUGAGCUACCAGUGAUACCACACAGCUAUGGCUUAGCUCCUCUUAUUAAGCACGCCUGAGCAUGGACAGUCAGACACGCCAGAGGGCAGGCUCAACUCAUGGGGAAAAGAAAGUGCUUGGUACCCAGUUUCUAUCCCCUUCUACCUCUUCACAUCUCCUCCUCCUUCAAUCCAUGCAUCAGCUGCCCACACUGUGGGCCCCAGUGAGAAAAGCAGCCAAGCUAUUCAUGGGUGAGGGAUACACAGUCUGUUGGACUAAAAAAGCCUCUUCUUUUGGGGAAGCUCCCACAGCAUCCACUGGAGGAAUCACAACAAAUCCUAGUGGAAUGAAGAUGAACUGCCAAAGCUGCUGCCUCUAUGUGGGGCAACAAAUAGUAGGAAGAUUCUGGCUAUCAAGUUGUUGGAUAGACAGACAACAGCACUUUAAGCAAGGAGCUGUGUUGCUCCUCUUGCAGUGAGGAGCAGGGCAAGGUAAAUGCUGGGCACCAUUGGCACAGCCAUCAGUGUAGGACAGAGGAGAAAUGGUAGUAGCUGGGCAUCAUGUAGCACUGUUGGUGGUUGAUGACCAGGCACUGAAGAAGGCAUGUGACAGUGAAUGAAGACCUUGAAGGAGGCAGCUCAGAUGAGUGGGGGGCACAUACAGGAAGGGUUUCCUUCUCCACCAAGGGGCUGCCCAUCUGCAGUGGGGAGGUGGGGGAGUUCCCUGGCUGCCAACAUGCUUAACAGAGCUGCUCUCCACCACCACUGAAUUGAGCUGAGGCUUCACUUCGCACGCCUUUGCAGCUCCAUCUGCUGCAAGUCACCACUCAAGAAACUCCACCAACUGGUUGGCUUCUUAAAAUACCUACAUCUCCAAAGAGCCCAAGCACGGCGAUGUCAGCACCAAGCCGGUGUGCCAAGGAGGCAUCAUUGUGAUAUAUGGAGUCUGAGCCCACUAGCAAGGCAACUCUGCAGGGGAGCCUGCUGGGGAAAACCAAUUGCAUCCCAGAGAGACCUGCAAAAAUAGGGGGUAUUUAGUUUAAACAGGAGUUUAAAAGGAAAAGGUCACAAGCAUCAUAUUUUUCUGUCUUGUGUUUCCUCCUCCUCUCUAUGCCGCAUCCUAUUUUUCAGUGACAAAUCAGGAGAAAAAAAUAAAAAGGAGAUGAACCAAAAAUAAGACUAGGGGAGGGAAAAGAAAAGGUAUUUUUUGACUGAAAUUCAGGAGGAGAAAAUGAUCAUUACAAAAUUUUGUAAACUAUCACCACUGAUUAAAAGGCUGUUUUUCACUGGAA